AUGCCCUUCAGGCCACCACCUCCACAGGAUCUACCUGCUGUGAACCACCCGAAGCCAGAAGGUGACUUCAGCUUGGUGCUGGCCCCGCCUCCCCCUACGUCCUUGCCUGGCGCCGAAGUCCCCACGGACCGCUUCGGGCAUGGCACUGCGCUGGAAAUGCUGAAGCUCAGGAGCCUCGAAGACUUCGAGGUCGAGGGGGCCUCCGAGAUCAGAAGAACGUCCGGAAGCUUGGUAUUGGCUCCGCCGCCUCCCAUCGGACUUCCGUGUGCCCCCCGGGCUCACUCGGAGUCUUGCUUUGCAGCACCACCGCCUCCCGUGGGCUUGCCCGAAGUGGUCGGCAAGCCUCUGAGACCGCCUCCUCCGAGGGGGCUGCCAGAUGCGAAGUGCCAGAAUCCAGAAGGUGGCGACUUCGCUUCGGAGUCCGGCGAGGACUCGGACGAUGCUCCCUUCAGCGAGGACAAAGAGAGGCAGCAGAGUGACAUGGAGGUUCUCCUGGCACACCGGUCUUCGUUGAUGAGAAAUGCUUCGCGGCAGAAUCGCUUAAGCGAGGAGGACAUCCCAGCAAGCGCUCACCAGCUAGCUCGGGAAGCUCGCGCAGAGGAGGACGGUCAGGACGCGCGCGCGGUUGUCGUCAAGCCAUCCAGGCUGUCGCUUUUCCACCGUGUCUUCCGGCACAGCAGAGCAGAGUGCAAAGAAGGAGGUGGGAGACAAAGCAUGCUGCACCAACUUCAUCAGGACGCAUCAAGACCAGAUGAUGCCUGGUUCCGCCGCUGGUCCAGCCUGCUUUCAAAGGAAGGCUUAGCUUGCACAAAGGUUGCUACGAACGGGAAGCCUUAUCCUCGCCGCCUACUGGUCGACUGCAGGAGCCUCAUGGUAGAGAUCCAUGGAGGCCGCGGUGGGACGGUUGGCAUCCUGCUGGAUGAUUUAGUCGACGUUUGCAAGGACCUUGAAAGUUCAGAAUUCGUUCGAUUUCGGCAACAAAAUGCCAGGCAUGAGAAAGAAUUGGCUUGUCGAGCCUUAGUCUUGCACACCCCCGCUCGGUCCUUCUCCUUCCUCUUCGCAAACGUUUCGCAGCGGGACGUGUUCGGUCAGUUCCUUGUGUAUUUGAUCAGCAAGCACGACCGCGGGAUGACAUCAGUUGACACCGUGUCAGCCGCCACGACUGCACGCGACGCAGACUUGGACGAGCCCCCUACGCAAGCAAAUGCUUCGCCGCCGAAAGAGGGUCGCGGGAGAGUGACGUAUCCCAACCACUCCUGGUACGAAGGCGACUUCAGCGAGUACCAGCGUAAUGGCCGAGGGACGCUUCACCUGCCGGACGGCACGAAGCACGAAUGCCAGUGGCACAAGGAUGAACGGCACGGACCCGGGAGAGAAUACUGGGCAGAUGGGACCGUCUUCCGCGGCCAUUAUGUGCACGGAUUGCGUCAUGGCCAUGGCGUGAUGACGUGGCCUGAGGGGUCCAGGUACACAGGGCUCUUCGAACGAGGUCGUGCAAACGGUGACGGGGAGCUGGUGCGAACGGACGGCUCAGUCUACCGGGGUCAAUUCAAGGAGGACUGCAUGAGUGGAGACGGCUGCAUGCAGUGGGUCGAUGGAGUCGAGUACAAGGGCCAGUUCGAGGCGAACCGGAGACACGGCUUCGGAAAGAUGGUAUGGACAUCUGGGAAGUGGAAGAGCUAUGAAGGCUCGUGGAAGGCCGGCGGUCAACAUGGUCGCGGCAUUCUCACAGAUCAAGACGAUGCUGUGUAUGUUGGUCAUUUCCUCGAUGGCAAAAUCGAUCGCUGGGAGGGAAGCCCUCCUGACUCAGGCCUUUGA